GUACUUGUCUGUACGUUCACUGGAAAAGAGUGCGACCCACGCUAGUAGUUGCUCUUUCAGCUUGUGAGCGGAAAGCAUUAUUUCCAUUAGUGUGCCCAUUUACUAGUGCUCUGCGCCAUUGAUAAUGAGAAAACUAUUACCACCGCCAAAACAUAUGACACACCUUCAGCGGCACCGGUUGGAAUCGGUCAGCGACAAUAGUGGUGCCAGUGCUCCGUCCACAUCGAGCAAGUCGGACAGUUCGGACGGGUCCGCAUCGGAAAUAUGCGAUGCCAUUCACGAGUGGUCCCUGGAUGCGGCCAGUGAGUCCCAGUCGAUUCCCAGUCAGAACAGCAGUGGCGGCGAAAGUAGUUCCAGUAGCAGUAGUGGACAUAGGCAUCAUCAUCACCACCAUCACCAUGGGCUUCACAACCAUAGUCGGCAUAGUCAACAGCAGAUUCAGAAGCAACCAUUCAACGGGAACUACAUCAACGAAGAUGACAACGAACUUGAGUACAGCAAACACGAUCUGAUCAGUUUGGACGGGGGUAUGAUAACUGACUUCGAGCGAGCCCAGGUGGAGAGCUUUUUCAGCGGACUGGGAACGGAGGUCUACGUCAGCACCUCGCUGGCCAAUCUGUACGAAAGCAUCGGCAAAGACGACUGGCGUCUGGUAUACACCGGCAUCCCGGUGCUGCUGCACGACAAAGGAUGCACCCGAUCGCGCUGUACGCCGCGGGUGAGCUUCGUCCUGGCGGAACGGGGCACCUGCUUCGCCCUCUGGAAGGACACCAUCGACAAUCUAUCCGACUAUAAGGUCGCAGCGGCAGCCUUUCACACCAUGUGUCUCUCGGCAGAUCACCGCAAGGUAAUCGGCUUCAGUUUCGACUCGAACCAGGCCGCCCGAGAGAUGUGGGUCCGCGUGGAGGAACUCAUCAGCAAUCCGGAAAACAUUGCCCUAUCCGCUCCGGGCCGGAAGCGAAAGCCGAAAAAGACCGCCAAACCGAUCAUUCUACCGCCAAAGUCGCAAAUUUCGCAACCCUGUCAGUUCCACCACGUUACCAGCGUUACUACCAACGACAUGCCACGUUACUUCAGCCUGCAAGCGUUUGUGACCCCACCGGUCAAGCACCGGGAACCCUAGGGUCGGGCCAACGGUGGCCGACCAUUUUAUAACUUUUUAUUUCCAUAAUUUUCACAAUUAGCCGUAAUGGGCGAAUGGGCGGGCGGCCACGCGUAUCAUACACGAACAAGCAUUAUGAAUAUUGAUAGAGGUUAUGAUUUUAAAUUAAUGGGCACUGAUUAACAGAGCAUCACUCUAACGUUUUAAUCUGACCCCCGUUUAACGAUAAACGAUGAACGGGAAUUUUAAUUUUAUCUCGCUGAUUUCCGAUCAGGAAAAUUAAUGCGAUUACGGAAAGUCAUCAUUAUUGGUACUCCUCCUCGGUUUGCCCUCGUUUGAAUUGUUUCCGACGAUUCACAAUUGAUUUGACAAAAUGAUAAAGACUAUCGAAGAUACAUAAGGGUAGGUUAAGUUAUCGUAACAUUUAAUUACCUAUUGUUUAACUAAAAGUUACAAGUAUGUAAGAGAAAUGAAGCUUUUGUCAAUCUUUAGGAGAGACGAACUGGUGGAUAUAUUGAGACAGUAAGAGAAUAUAAGGAAGAAUAAACACACAUUUAAUAUGAGACCACUCUAAAUAGUCGUACAAUCGUGUACAUAUUGUGUCUGUGAUAAAUUGAUGGUAUGUGAAGCGAAGGGUUAAUUACAGAAGACAAAAAUUGUGAAAAGCAAACGAAGAAAACUCCUCAGUAAACGAAUGAACAGCAAUAUGUAGGAACCACGUCGAUGGUCGACUGCUCGGUUCCAGUGGGAUAUUUUAAUUCAAAUUAUAAACACGAUUUCAUCCCACCAAACGCAGGAUGUGACGAAAUCCAUUGUCAAUCUUUUAAUUAAAACAGCAAAUUUCCACGAGCACUUUAAUUGAAUUCGACUUUUUCUCUUUGUCCUCCUUCCGAAAAAAAUAAAACUGCGCUCAUUUUUUCACAUUAUUGAAAUUUCAUCAAACCGCACAACGCAAUUGUGACCCGGAGGGAGGACAUAACGAAUACCGAACAAGACCAGUAGCUGGAAGGAUUUUUUUUAAAUUGAAAAUCCGCUUUUCAGGGAAACAAUUACGGCCGGAUAAACGGCGCACGAAAAAACAUACUUAACUUCGCCAUUCAUAGUGAAUUACCAGUUCUAUUGAUGUAAUGGAGAAUAUGUUCGAUCACUAGGGUUAAGUUUUAAACACAUAUGUAGACUGC